AAUGUGGACCCAUUCGCCCCAGGCUUGCAUGCGUCCCCCAUCGUCGCGCGCUAUUUUGAUCAUGAUCAUCAGGAAUACGUGGCGCCGGAUGAAUGCGAUCGGAAAGACUCAUUCGUAGCAUCCGUCCGAGAACUCUCAACGGACCAGUCAGGAUUGCUGACAUCGAAUGUCCCUGAGAGGGCCUCCGUACACCCGGAAAUCCCGUACUGGUCCCCCAGAUCUGUCCAGGCCAUCGGUGGACGCUAACGUGAGCGACCUUUGUAGAUUCCGCUACCAUGUCAUCCUCCAUGCGCCGACCGCAAUGUUCGACCAUGCCCGCGAUAUCCCCGUGACCUAUCUGAACAAAGCCCAGGCCUACACAAUCACGAUCGUCGACUCCCGCCCGCCGGUCGCGCCCGUCCAGCCGGUCCAAUACCGGACCCGAAUCGGAAUCGCGUUCGAAGAACCCACCCACCGAUCCAAUCCAACCCUCUGCUGGCAACUGUGGCACGGCGCGCGGGGUGGGAGUGAUGCCGAGCGACGCGGCGGUCGCCCGUGCGCGGUGGAAUUGGUGGCGCUGAAAGGAGGAGGCGGGGAUACGCCUGAUCCGGCGUGGCAUCUGGAGAGUGCGUCUUUUAAUCAGUUCUGUGUUUCAUGGACGAGUGGGGGAGAGGCCUAUUCGUCGGAAUGCCAGAUUCUCGUACGAUUCCACUUUCUCUCCACAGAUUUCACUCAGUCCAAGGGGGUAAAGGGGGUUCCGGUGAGAUUAUGCGCGAAGACGGAGACGAUCUCGUUGCCCGAGGUCCCGUCGGAAGCUGAGACCGAGGCGGAGAUCUGCUAUUGCCGAGUGAAGGUCUUCCGGGAUCAUGGUGCUGAAAGAAAGCUGGCCAAUGACGUUACCCACAUCCAGAAGUCGAUUGAGCGUGUUGAGAAACAAAUCGCCCGGGCAGACUAUCACGGGGGUGGCCUCGGUAAGAAGCAGAAACGCAGGAGCGUCGCGCGCGGGACCACCCCGAGUGAUCCGACCCGGUCGAUGAGUCGCUCUCCUAGCGUGUCCACCCCGGGCGAUCUGUACAAGGUGUUGUACGAUCUGCAACAGCUCUUCUCGUCCGCCCUCUCGGUGAGCGUGUUUUCCCUGCCCGGAGAUGAGCAGGACGACCCAGAUCAGCUGGCUAGUAUCACCCUGGGGAAUCAUCCUUCAUCGCCAGCCAAUGUGACGGACGUUUGUGGCGAUGCCGACUGCGAUGGUCCGACCGACGAUGGUUUUCCUAGUCGACCGUCUCAUUCUCCCCCCCAACCCUCGGCCCAUAUCACUUCGAAACAGGGCACAUCGGCAGACCCGCCACUCGGUGAGCUUUGUCAAGUUUUACGCGCAGUCGAUGGGGGAGCUAACCAAUCCUUAGUCGCCUGUUUCUACGUCCAAAUCCAGAAGAAUAGCCGUCCGAGUGCCUACUACCAUGCGUUGUACCUGUCCCAGCGGACUGUGCGCGAGUUGGCGUUGCAGCUGGCCAAGCACGCUCGCAUCGACCCGAGAGGCAUCGCUCGCGUGGUCCAUGUCAAACGAAUCGGAUUAUCGAUCAUGGUCGAUGACGAUGUAGUCCAACACCUGCCAGAGGGCCAAGACCUGAUUGCGAGCUUCGUAGAGAUCCCCGCAGUGAACCAAGAUCUGCGUUGCCAGCCUCGAUAUGAGGUGCAAUUGACCUAUUAGCCAUGACUGGCGCCCUCGAGCCAGUCAUCUUCAUAAUGUACAGGACAAUAUCCUUCCAAGAGAACCAUAAGACAUCUCGUACAGUUCUUUGGGCAACUUUCGCUGGUACCCUGAUUUGUAAGCGCCUGGCAGAUCUUACUCCGAG